UUAUUUGCUGUUUUUACAUGAGUCCAAUGGGUCAGAUACCUUGAAGAAAAAGGUAAACAAGCCACUGGUGCCUAAUUAACUAAUAAAGUCAAGGAAGAUUACUGGCAAGCUUAUUACUACUAUGGCUUCCAUAGCAGUGGAGACGCUUUUUAAUUUAACAAGGUUUCAGAAUAAUUCUGGUUUAAAGAUGCUUAUCUUCUUAAUAUACGCACCUGCUGGAUUUGUGUUGGCAUUGCUUCGCAUUCUGAUGUCUGUGCAAUAUCUUUUGUUACUUAUGAUCUUCCCAAAGAAAUUCUUCAUGAGAACUUUGUUCAUGCGCUUCUACUUCUUUGUGAUGGGUGUCCUUGUAACAUAUGGCAGUGAAGAGAAUAUUGCAGAUAAUGUUAAUAUAUUAGUAUCGAAUCACAUUUCUUGCUUUGACAGUAUUGCAAUUGAAGCCUUGAUCCCUUGUUGGAGACUUCCAAAAGAAUCUAAAAUUCCAUCUUGGGUUUGCUGGUUGUUUAAAUUUAAAAAUCCUUUGGUACCAUGGACAAAUGAUAUGGAGGUAUUGCAUAAUGCAGCUUCUAAUGUGGCAUAUGCAUUUUAUCCAGAAGAAGAAACAACCAAUGGAAAAGUGGGAUUGCUUAAAUUUAGCAAGACGUCUUUUCGAUUUAAAGACGCCCUAGUGCAGCCAAUUGUUUUAUUAUCACAUCGGCCAUCGUUUAUGCCAGUUAAUGUGAGUUACAUACACAGUUCGUUCUGGUCCGAUCUAUUCUGGAUUUUGUUUAUCCCGUUUACAAGAUAUCAUAUCAGUUUCAUGCCAGCACGGAAAACUCCUGAUAAAGAAGAAAGCCUGGAAGAGUUUGUGAAGUCAUUACAAAAGGAUAUGGCGUAUGUGCUUGGAAUUGGAGCAACUAAUCUCACUGCUCAAGAUAAAAAAGAAUAUAUAAAAAGGAUAAAAGACGAGGAAAGAAUGAAACAUGAGCAACUUUUGGCAGCUUCACAAUACAAUGACAGACCAACCGUUCAACCAAAAUUGAAAUAUAAUGAGAAUAUUGAGCAGAUGGUGAAACAAGUAAAACUCGUUCUACCGCAAGUUCCUGUGAAAGUUGUACGAGAGGACAUGAAAAGUACCAAUAAUGUUGAUGCAACAAUAUCGAGAUUGCUGGAAGGCACCAUCAAUUACAUUCCUCUCACUGAAGAAGAACAGAAUGCAGAAAAACAAAAAAACACAGAAAUAAAAAUAGAAACAAAAAGGCCUGUCAUUAAAAGUAAAAACUCGUUUGCCAAAACAUCACAAGAUCGUCACUUAUCGUUUCAAGAAAGAAAGCGGAUCAUGAUUGACGAAGCUAGACAAAAAUAUCUCCAACUACAUCCUGAAUAUAGUUGAUUGUGACCAGUACCGCGUGAUCAUGCUCCGACCUUAUCGAUCUAGUCCGUUAUAAGGUGUUUGGCUUCUUGAGAAAAAUAGUGGAUUUUAGGAAUCAUGUAUAGACAUUUUUGGAGGAGGAAACAACAUAACCUAGAAUGCUGAUGUGAUUCAGUAACAUAGAUUAUAGAACACCAUCAACUAAUAAUGGAUGUCUGAGUACUAAGAAGAAAGGGCUACACUACUUUAGUUGUUUAGUUUCAAAGUAUUGUAUGUUCGUAUAAACAUUCUUGUUGCGUCUGUGAUGAUCAUCUUGCAUGUUGAUAAUUAUUCCAGCCUUCGUGUUAGCAUCGGUUUUAUGAGCGGUGGUAAAAAGCAGCGCGUUUAAUCUAUGUUAAUGAUUGUUUUUAUUGAAUGAUUAACGCCGGUCAGGGCGAGCGUUACUGUAGAAGCGGCUUAAGUAAGUCUAAUAUGAUACGCACGUUUAAAAGUUUUUUCCUGCUUCUAAUUUCUAACGAAAACACGUGUUUUUUUGUUUGGGCGACUUUUAAAUUGCUUAUUUACUAAUCUGAGAAGCAAUAAAAUUUGGGGUUGUAUGUGAAUUUUAUAAUAUUAUCAGUGAAAGUAUCAGUGAGCUAAAAUCUACUUGAAUACGUGAACUUAUUUUUCUCUGUACGCUUCCGCGAAAUUUGACAUCGACUUUCUUUACCCGCCAAAUACGAGCAUUUUUGAUUUGCGAAAUGUCCUGUUCUUGGUAUUUAAUAAUUAUAUUUGAAUGUUUUUAGAAAACAACUUUAUCCUUUACUUUUUAGCUUCAACCAGGUUAAAUUGCAGAUAAAUAAAACUACUAACAUUAUUAUCCUUUUUUUAUGUAUACUUGUUAAUGUAGUUCUUGAAAAAUAGAUGUUUUCGCAAUAAAUUUUUUUUGUAGAAUAAACAAAUUAAAUGAG